AUGACGCUGAAUACCUUACGCGAAGUGGAAGCUCGUCUAAGACGCGAAAAUAGGCUUCCUCCGAUAACGACCAAAUCAUGCAACACGGAGUGGCCUCGUGCUCCCCUCUUUCCUGAAGCGGCGCCCAAGAUCAGCCGGCUGCAGCGUGAAUUGCCAUUGUCGGAGAAACGAUCGGGAGGCGGAGUGAAUGAUACCGGGUUGUCGUUAGCCCAGCUAGCUUCACUUUCAGCCGAUUACAAUCCUGAUUCUAAUCCACAAUUGAUGUUCUCCUCAGGAGAUAUUGAUGAUGAUGACGAUGAGCGUUCACCGACGUAA